GUAUACGUCCUAGGCUACGCAAUGGCUCGUUACUUGUAUUCCAUGUUCGUUUUCCUAUUGUGCGCUUCUAAAAUGUCUUCAACCAAUGGAUUUUCCUUGAACAAACAGCUGCAACAAUCAACUGGCAACCAUAAUAAAAUAUUACAACUGGAAAACAGAGACACCCGACUGGAGGCUCUGGAGUUUAAGGUUCAACAGCAUGAUGAAAUUCGAGAAGCUUUGACAUCCAAAGUUUUUGAACUGGAGGCCAAAGUACAGCAACAACAACUGCUUCUAGAUGCGCUACAAAACGCAAAACCACGAUCGCAUUGUCAAUCAGUCGUCAAUGGCGAUAACGAUAAUAAAUCAAGGGCAGUCAGCGCAAUGCCAGCCUCUUGUGCUGAUCUACAGGUUAUGGGAUACGACCUAAACGGAUUCUACUCUGUCAUGGGCGUUGGGAAGAUGAACAGCGUCUACUGCGAUUUUACGAAACCAUCUAGCGAAUCUGGUUUCCAGCAAUUGAUUGGUUUUACAGAAAUCAAAUCAGUGUCAACGGCUUUCUACGUGCAAAGAAGCUCAUCUUUCACACAGAUAAACACCCCCAUUCCUUUUCAAGUUGAGAGGCUCAAUGUGGGUGGAGCCAUGAACCUGACGUCGGGAAUUUUCACGGCUCCAGUAACGGGAAGCUACUUUUUCUGCCUAUCAGGAACGGCCUACAUUUCAGAAUCAACAAGCAGACUCGUCUUUACCAUAAGCCUUUACAUGAAUGACAAUCCCAUCGCGUACGGCUAUGCUGAUGAAAUGAGUACCGAAUACCAAUAUGAGACGUUUUCCCUUCAGUCAACACUCCAUCUGAUGAAGGGUGACCAGGUGUGGUUGCAGAUAUCUUCCAUUGGAACAGGGGUGUACCUCUAUGGGGGGUUAUUUACUCAUUUUAAUGGUUGGUUACUGCAAGAAGACAUAUUCCAAUCAACAAAUAUCAAGUAAAAUUAUUAAUUUGUUAGCAAGUUUUAGUGAAGAAGAAUUAUCUGUGAUGUUACAAUAUUUUCCAAAAUAAAUAUCUUCAAAUAUCUGA